AUGUCUGCCACGUCCAGCCCUCCGAUCGAAUCCGACGGCCCGGAUUCCUUCUUCCAGGCGCAAUCUACAGCGACGGCCGUCCUAGAUCGGCCUGUGCCAGCCGGCACGCCGCCGUUUGUGACGCGGGUGGCGGCGGUGCCGUCCCCGGCGAGCAGCUCCGUGGCGGUGGAGGCGCCGCCGCGCCACACGUCGUCCAAGUACGACUUCGUCAAGGUGCGCGUGUGGCUGGGGGAGAACGAGGACCAUUACUACGUGCUGUCGAGAUUCCUUAUAGCGAGGAUGUUAACCGUCACACGCAUGCCACAUGUGGUGGCCACUAAGGUGGCGUUGGAGUUGAAGAAGCUGUUGGUGGACCACGGGCUGCUGGACGUCAGUCAGGGCGACCUGGAGCGCAACCUCUUUGCUCUCAUGCGCCGCCGCGGCUACGGGGAUGACUACGUCGGCCGCUACCGCAUGAUGACCAGCUUCUACCACCGACGCAUACCGCUGGUGAUAUUCAUAACGGGGCUGCCCUGCACCGGCAAGUCCUCCGUGGCCUCGCUGCUCGCGCAGCGCCUCAACCUCCCCAACGUCCUGCAGACGGACGUGGUAUACGAGUUGCUGCAGGGCAUGCCGGAGUCGCCCCUGCACGCGCUGCCGCUGUGGGCGCGCACGGACCUGCAGGGGGGCGAGGAGGUGGUGGCGGAGUUCUGCCGCGAGUGCAAGAUCAUCCGCAAGGGGCUGGAGGGCGAUUUGAGCAAGGCGCUGAGGGACGGCAAGCCAGUCAUUAUCGAGGGCACGCACAUUGACCCCGAUGCCAACUUCCUUUCCUUCAGCGCCGCACCACCGCCCCUGCCAACUCCCCUGCCCCCGCUGCCACACACACAACCCGCCACGCCACCACUGCAGCCAGGCGCCGCGCCCUCUGCUGCUUGGGGGACGGGCAGUGGCGGUGGCGGCGGUGGUGGUGGGAGGGGAGGGGAGAUGGGGUGUGGCAGAGUGGCCUGCGCGGAUGACCCAAUGGACGUGGAGGGCAGCACACCUUGCGCUGGAUGGGGUGGGCAGGGGGGAACGGGGGGGCAGGGACGAGGGGGAGGGGGGGGAAUGGUGAUGGUGGAGGAGGGGCGGGGCAGGGAUGAGUGUGGGGGAAGAGGGGAUGGGGAGCAGGGACAUGGUGCUGGUGAAAUCGUGGGGGGGGGACUGGGGGAGGAAGGAGGGAGGGCACAGACUUUGGGCUCAAGGGAGAGCGAAGGGAAGCACUUGCGGAGUGGUGCAUCUUCAGGGGGUGCAGCAGGGGCAAAAGGCCCGUCACACGCGGCACAAGCAGAAGCAGCAGCGGCGUCAAGAGGGGCGGGGAAGAGGUUGCGUCCCAUUGUGGUUCCCAUCGUGCUGCACAUGCACCCAGCGGACCACAAGGUGCUUCUCUCCGAGUGGAUUGCAUCGAAUGCACCCAAUGCUGCUCUGCUCUCUCAGGUGCCCGUGGAGGCGCUGCUGUCUCGCAUGCACGCUGUGCAGCGAUACCUUACCUCCUUCCGCUCCCAGGGUGUGCAUGUGGCGGACAUCUCAUCCACCUCCUUCCCUCGCACCAUAGACAACCUGCACGCACAUCUACUGGCGUGCAUAGAGCAGCGCUGCCGGGAGGAUGGCUGGGGCACACCGGGGGACGAGCAGCUAUGA